AUCCGGGAACGACACAUGGGGCAAUAGUUCGGCCGAGGAUCCAAAGCUUUCAACCGCUGCCUAUAAGAAUCAGGGUUAAUGACACUACGAGACGAAGGCUGGUCGAGCAGUUUCCUGACCUGGUGAGAAAAUGAUGCGGCAGGGCCGAGGAAUGCGACCUUGAGAGGCUCCAUGACGGCGCUCGUGGUAGUUCCACUGGGCUUGGGUUGCUUCUGUCACGAUCCCGAACUCUUGCCAAGAGGUUGUGUGUUGUUCCUGCGACAAUCAUUACGGCUGACAUAACUAGUCAAAAUUUGAACCCGUUCACGGGAGGGGUUGCUUUCUUUUUUGGAUGAUCUCACCUGUCCGCCAGGGCCUGGUUCUCUUAUCAAAUGAAGCCCAUGCGUGUGUUCGCUCUCGACCCCAGGCGGAUGGGGCGACUGCUGUGCCCAUGGCAGCAGCAACAACAACCGAGGUUGCUACCAGCUACAAGGCGUGCAUGCUCAUCUCUUUCCGAUCGGCUAUAUCAGGACUUGACCUCGCGACAGCUUCCCUUGACGUUCGAUUAUAUACAUCCCCAGUCGUCUUAUCUCCUGAGCUUAACAUUGGCCGAUCUCCUUCCCACGCUAACCCCAGCGCCGAAUGAGCUUCCUUCCUCCCGCAGCCCAUCUCGCAUGCCGGCAGGCCAUCAUCUGGUUUACUUCCCUCCCCAAGUCACCCUGUCGCAGUUACUGCCGGACGGUACAGAUAAUUUGCACGCCCCGGGAAGUCCCUUUGGCAGGCGGCUUUGGGCUGGGGGCAAUGUCCAAUUUCCGAUUUCCAAUGCCCUACUUCUCAACGGUAACCGUGCCGCCUGCAUCGAAACUAUUCGUGACGUGAUAGUGAAAGGCCGGCCAGGGGAGGAGAAGGUACUCGUCAGAAUCGAAAGACGGAUCGGCACGGUCCAAGAGGGUGAAGACCAUCGCAGUAUCAGAGAACGGAUAUGGACGGAAACCGAGGAUGAGACUGGCCAAGCCUCUGUCAUUGAGAACAGGAAUCUAGUCUUCAUGCGCGAGAAAACCCCAGAGCAAAUCUGUCAUGACAAGGCUAGAUUUGACACGGACGAUAGAGCCAUUAAAUGCUUACGCCUAAUAAAGCCCUGUUAUUUCCUGGGAUUGACUAUCACUGGAAUGGAGUAUAAGAACAUAGUCCCUCUCUAUGUCGAAGAGGAAUUAAGAGUCUGUGGCAAGCCCAAACCCGGCAAAGGCCACACAGCUUGGGAUGUAUGGAUUGAGGGCAGGGACGGGAGACUUGCUUUUUGGGCUGCUCCUCCUGUUACUAGGACUCUCACUUUACUUACCUUUUUACAGUCUGUAUUUGUACAUGGUGGUCUUCUCAGUGGUUAUUAUGUGUUAUUUCUACGCCACCUUGUCUUCAAGACUAUACCCGAAAUAUGGAGGCUGUUUACACCUUUCAUGAUCACUGGACCAGGCCUUUCCUUGAUUUUUGAUCUCUACUUUAUGUUUACCUAUGGCAGCCGCCUGGAGACCGAGUCCCCUCGCUUCAGUGCACCCGGUGAUUUUUUCACCUAUGUGUUUUUCGUAGCGUUCACGAUCGCGGUCACCGCAGGUUGUCUCCUGAAUAGUGUAAUAUUUACCUCCGCAUUGAUCCUUGCAUUCGUCUACACAUAUUCUCAAGACAACCGCGGUAAGAAGGCGAGCUUCUUCAUCGUUCAAAUACCCGUCGAGUUCUUACCGUGGGCGAUGCUCACAUUGACUCUGGUUCUUUCCGGAUGGCCCGCGGCGUUGAGAGACGGCAUGGGCAUAGUUGCCGCUCAUAUGUACGAUUUUCUUACCCGUAUCUAUCCAACAUUCGGAGGUGGUAAGAAUUAUCUUGUGACUCCGGUGUUUGUGAGGCGAUUCUUUGCUGCCCACACCCCGCGACGUGAAGCGCGCGCCUUUGGAACUGCCUAUCGUGCGGCGGACCAAUCCCAAAACUCCUCCGGUGGCUGGACUUCGUCUUUCCAAAGUCCAUGGAACCGGCGAGGCCCUGGGCGAAGACUUGGAGGUGAUUAAACAAGGGGACGUCGAUACCAAAGCGUCGAAAACUCGACCAGAUUUUGGGUCAGGAGGACCGGCGAAGCGAGCAAUAAUUGCUGCUAUCAAAUUGAGUACAACACUCGAUUAAUGAUCAGUACAUGUUGAUAGUCAAAUUCUUUGCGAAGCUGCGUGACAUGCCC